AUGCUCAUCCGCACUGCUGCCUGCCAAGGGACCUGUCCCAGCCCUGCGGCUCUCCCUCCCUCCCUCCCCUUUCCACGCACUGACUCUCAUAUCCCUGGGCCGGGCAGAAAGUACCCGGCGAUCCAGAGCCCCCGGGAGAGGGAGCAGUACAAGGCUGUCUUCUACGACCAGUACGCGGAGUACAAGGAGCUGCACAGCGAGGUCUGCGCCGCGCUGCAGAAGUUCGGGGAGCUGGACGUGAUGAUGUGCCAGCUGCCCUGGCACGCGCCGAGCAGGAAGGAACAGCGCAGGGUGGUCCGUGUCUGGUGCGAGUACGUGAAGAAGAAGAGGGACUCAGCCUUCCUGGAGAAGCAGGAGCGCUGCGACUACCUGAAGAAGAAGCUAGUGCACAUCAAGUCCCAGAUUCGGGAGUAUGACCGCACUGCCCCCAAGGGCUCUGUCUACUUCUGAGCCUGCGGGUGGGCUGCCCCGGCGCUGGUGCGCUCUAGCCUUGGCCCCGCGAAGCAGGCCUCCAGGGACGCGGGUUGCGGUGUGGCUCUGCCGGUGCUCCCGGCACCCCUGAGCCUGCUCAUUGCACCCUGUUGGGAGUCGGUGCUGGGGGACAGAGGUGCCCGGGGUGCACCCGGUGCCCACCAGGCCGGGGCUCCCUCCUGGGCCUGGCCGUGAGCAUUGGGAGCAACCCACAGGCUUGUGCGUGGGAGAGCAGAACCCGUGGGUGCCUUGGGCUAAUUUUGGAGUGCUGCAGCCGGUUCCCGUGCCCCGGGGAGCCUGGGCGUGCACGCUUGCAUGCGUGGUGGCUUUGCGGGGCACACCACCGCAGUGGUGGGCGCAUCUCCACCUUGCAGCCAGCUUUGGGUCAGUGGGUGCAGCUAUAGAAUGAGCCAGAACUGUUUUUAAUAAAAUAUGGUGAUUUUUUAGG